ACGAAGCGAUUUUCACGUCGGGUUUUUCGGUCGUCCAUGCGGUUCUGUCGCGUUGCGAAAGGCAACGUCCUGUCGUCGGCGGCGCUUCGCGUGCGCCGCACCCCCGUAAUUGCGAACGCAACGGCGGAAGCGCGCACUGUCAUUAGGAAUGCCAAUAUCCCGAUCGGCGCACCGAAAAAAUACACGUUUCCACGAUCAGGAAGGAAAGGGACGAUCAAUUACCCAUCCGCUUAUAAAACGAUCGCUUUUCCAUCGGUUUGCCAGUCAGUUUUCACGUCGCGAUUCCGCGAUUUGUGUUUCGAAUCGUUGCUCGAAUCGAUCCCCGGCCACCGUCGGCCAUGUGCAAUACCUGAACAUUCUCUCUGUUGUACGCUCUGUUUGACGACUGUUUGAUUCUGCGAACGGGAAACUGGAAAUGACGUCAAGGUGUCGAUUUUUGUUCCACGGAUCCGCGUGGACGUUGAACGAUCAAGACUGAACGUACCUGACGCGUCGUUCUCGUUCUCAGGAAUCGUCUGGAGAGAAAGACCGACGAUGAUGUCGUUCCUGCUGCCGACGAGAAUCCCAAGGUCUUACACGAUGCUCGCGCUUAUCGCGACGAACCUGGUGAUCUCGAUGCCCGCCCCGCCGUCGAAACCAUUGCGUUCGCCGGAGGACGGGUUCUCCAGCGUGCCGAAGAUCCUGGAGAUCCAGCUGCCGCUGAAAAUCGCGACGAAGGACGAUCUGGUCGCGUGGGCCAGGUACGUGAUGGGUCUGAUGGCGUCUAAGAUAAACAUCACGUUGACCACCGUGAAAGAGGCGCCGUUGAAAGCGCCUGUCGGUAAUGCUCGAGCUCCUACGGGCAGCAACGCGAUAUCUCGACAUCCCGAUAACGCGAGACCAUCGAGUUUCAGUGGGAUGAGACCUGUCAACGGUGUUCGACAGUUUGCGAAGAGCUUCGAGAGCGCGAGGUACGCCGAGAACGUUCGAAAUUUCGCGCACGCGGCGAACUUGGAGAAAACGAUCCCAGCAGCGGUCCGAAUUGUAGAGAACGGCGGGCAGCCGAAGAACUCGGCUGAACUUCAGAGGAACCAGCAGAGAAAUGGGAAUCUUCAGUCGUUCAAGGACAAGGUGUACGCCACCGCGCAGUAUCCCACCGUCAACGGAAUGGCCACCAAGAGUCUGUUCAACAACCUGCAACUGCAGCCAACGUUCAGCGGCUUCGGGAUCACGGACACCACUGUCCCGAGUCCUCUGGAGAUCACGGCGAACAUAAACAUCCCGAGGGUGGGUAUCAAGGAGCCCGUGUUCGUCAAAAGCCCGAUCGGCUCGCCAAAUUUGUUGAAAACGUCGGAACAGCAGCUGUUCGUCCCUCCGUUCCCCGAGUUUGGGCCGGCUAUCAACAUCGACGUGAAGCCAACCACCGUCUUUCGGAACACGAACGUGGUUUCGCCUCCGACGAGAGCUUACCUGCCCGUGCCGACCACCAGCGACAGCAUCAAGUUCCCGAACGAUCCUUUCGUCACCAGGUACUUCUUCGACGGGAUCGAGAGGAACGUUUCCAACAAUUUCGGCGCGGACGAGAUCGUGUUCACCACGCAGAAUCCACCUUUAACGGUGUUCAACGACGAGCUACCGGCACCGUUUAGAGGUGUCGAUUUCCUCUCGCAGCAGAGGAACAUCAGCUCGGUGAAACCGCUGCUGAAGGUCCCGUUCGAGGCGGUGAUCACGUUCACCCGCGAGGAACCCGUGCAGACGACCACGUUGAGGAGCGAGGCGAGCAAAUACUUUACGAUACCGACCAGAGACCCGCUCGAUCAAUUCCCGCCGUACUUCGACACCACGAACUUCACCGUGACCAACGAGUCCGGGCAGAUCAACGUCGUGUUCGACGACGGCGCUCAGGUGACCGAGAACACGGACACGAAGAAGGAGGAGCGAAAGAAGCAGGAGAAGAAGAAGAACAGCUCGAAGAAGGAGAAGUCGAAGAAGCAGAAGUCCGAGACGAAACGCAGGCCGUCGGCGAUCAGCCAGCUGCUGAGGACGUUCAUCGCGAUCAGAAGGAACAACACCCCGUCGACGAAUCUCUCGCCGCCACCGUUGAACCAGCAGACGUCGACGAAUCUCUCGCCGCCUCUGUUGAACCAGCAGACGUCGACGACCACGACGCAGAGGGCGCCAGUGCGCCAAAGGUUACCGCCGCCUCAGAAAACGCAGCUCUAUUCCACCGAGAGGCCAUCGUCAGUGUCCAGACAGAAAGGAAGACGUAAUCAAACUUUGGCGCAACAAGUCGAGGACGACGACGACGACGACAGCGGGAGCAAAGAGGAGGACAACGACAGCAAAGAAGAGGAUAGCAAAGAGGAAAGCGGCAGCAAAGAGGAAAGCGGCAGCAAAGAGGACAGUGCUGGCAAAAGCGAAGAAAAUGGCAACGAAGACGACAAAGACGACGACGACGACGUCGAAUCCAACGAGGGAAGCAACGACGACGAGAGUUCCAGCGAGAGUGAGUCCUCGGAGGAGGAGGAGGGUGGUGGUUCCAUUCAAGCUAUCAUCGAGUUGCUCAUGCUCGCCGCGCCGGCCUUGGAAGAUCUUAGCGAUCCCGACUCGGACGCAGACAUUGCCGACUUGCUGGAACUAGCAGUUCCGUUGCUUCAAGACCUGUCGGAGGGAGACGACGAGAACGAAGCAAGCGACUUUCCAGCGUUAGUGCUUCCCGCCUUGUUGCAACUCAGCGAAGGUCCGGAGGGUCCGAGAGAUUCUGCUGCGCUUCUGACGCCGCUUCUUCAAGUAAUCGCGCCGGUGAUCGGGCCACUCAGUGGCCCGUUACUCGUCCCGUUGAGCCGUCAAAGUAGCAACGCACCAGGCGAAGGCGGCUCAAGCGUUGGUGAUCUGAGUAACGCUUCGCUGGCUCCUUUGCUCGAGCCGAUCGGGCCUGGGAAGAUGACACGGCUCUCGAACCUGAUCGCCGCAGUUGUCUCUAGUUUUAGCAAAAAUUCCGGCCCUGGUGGCAAAUCGGACUUGACGAGCCUCGUGAAAGCAGUGGUGGCUGGAUCGAUAGCAGGCACCAGCGCCGGUUCCAGCGGUUCCAGCAGUUCCGGUGGUCACAAGGACGCUUACGGGGCUCCAACUAGCUAUGGUAAUUCCUAUGGUGGAUCACCUCGUCCAAACGGUUACGCUAAUUGCCGACCUGGCCACGAUGGAAGAUGCUAAAGAAUUUCUUCUCGAUGGACUUCAGUCCAUCCGGACAUGAACAUAAAUUCCCCGCGCAACAAAUAGACAUCGAUCAAAACAAAGUUCGCGCAAAUCGUGUCAAGGAAUCAAAGAAGAUCAAAAGAGUGAAAUUUCACAAGAUUUUAUUGAUAUCCUUCAAGAAGAUUGAUUGCAUUAAUUCACUUGACUCCGUGCCCUAAUAAUUACGGUCCGUUGCAUCGAUUGUGAUAUUAAUCCAGCUCUUUCAACAUUGAUUCAUAUGUAUAUAAUAUGCAUAAUUAGUAGACAUUCUAAUCUAUUCAGUUAACAGGUUUCUCAGUGGCGAAGAUUUCAACAGAGAACCAGAUGAAAAGUUAAAGUUUGUUGCAAAUAUCACAUUGCAUUUACAAUCAAUCGGUGAAUCGUUCUCCGAAUUUAUCUUUCUGAUUUGUCAACAAUAGAGGAUAACAUUCGGAGAGAUACCGUAAAAUGGAAAUUCAAUUGUCAAUCUGGGACAAAUUAUAAUAGCAACUUUAGUAACUUUGCCAAAGAUAAGAUGGUAGAUGAUCGCGAAAGAAGGGGAAAAAAAAUGAUUCGUGUUUUGUCGAUCAUCAAUCGAUAUACACGCGUAAAAGAUUUCACAUCCGUCAAUUAUCGUGUUUAUGAAUCGUGCAAAAAAGCAAAUGUUCUUGUCCCCUUUUUCAAACGCUAAUUAAGAGCGGAAAUUGGGAUUUUUUGAUAUCCUUUUAUGCCCAUCGCUCUCUAAUAAUAAUUGCUAUUAAUGUAAUCGGUCCACAGAUAAUAAAUCUCAAGGACAAAUAUUCUUAAGAAUAAUUAGCAACGUUUUAUUACGUAUUUCUUGUGUUGGAAUUUAGGAUUUCAUUAGAGAUGUGCAUACAUAAUUAUUGUCACGAUAAUGCUAAAAGAAAGUCUCUCUAUAAUUGGCUAAUCGUAAAGAAUUCUUUGCAAAGUUUCAAACUUCAAUCAAUCGUGAUAGUCGUAUUAAUGAAAUUUCGUUAUAGAUUA